AUGUCGAAUCGAUUCCUUCCGAAUCCCAUGCCCGAAUUCGUACCCGAACAGGAGCUUCAAGAAGCGGUCAUAGUCACACCCGGUGACUCACUCCAGAACCUCCUCGCAAUGCCUUAUUCUCCACUCUCCGAGCGUCUCAAACGAGCUGCCUUAGACCUCAAAGAAACCAUAGUGGUGGAAACGUGGGGCUUAUCUGGACAGCGUGUUGGUGAUUUUACUCUAUAUUGUGGCCUUCUUGGCACCGCUUUUCUCCUCUUUAAGUCUCAUCAAGUCACCGGCAAUACCAACGAUCUUACUCUCUGCGCCCAGAUUAUCAAGUCUUGUGAUGCGGCUUCUGUUCGUUCUAGGGACGUCACCUUUAUUUGUGGGCGUGCUGGUGUUUGUGCCCUUGGGGCUGUGGCUGCAAAACAUACCGGUAAUGAUGAGUCCUUGAGGUACUACUUGGCUCAGUUCCAAAAGAUUAAGCUACCAAAGGAUCUUCCUGAUGAGUUGUUAUACGGGAGGGUUGGUUUUCUAUGGGCAUGUUUGUUCUUAAACAAGCAUCUUGGUCAGGGGACUAUUCCUUCCAGUUAUACUGCCACGGUUGUGGAUGAGAUUAUAAAAAAUGGAAGGGCUUUGGGUCGAAAAGGAAAAUGUCCUUUGAUGUUUGAAUGGUACGGAGAGAAGUAUUGGGGUGCGGCACAUGGAUUGGCUGGGAUUAUGCACGUUCUUAUGGAUAUGGAGUUGAAGCCUGAUGAGCUUGAGGAUGUUAGGGAAACUCUUAAAUACAUGAUACAGAACCACUUUCCUAGUGGAAACUAUCCUGCUAGCGAAGAAGAUAAGAAAAGGGAUGUUCUUGUGCAUUGGUGUCAUGGAGCUCCUGGAGUGGCUCUCACACUUGUCAAAGCAGCUAAGGUUUUUGGAGAUAAAGAAUUCUUGGAUGCAGCUGUGGAAGCUGGAGAGGUGGUUUGGAGUCGUGGUUUGCUCAAGCGAGUUGGGAUUUGCCAUGGUAUCAGUGGGAAUGCCUAUGUCUUUCUGUCACUUUACCAACUUACGGGGAACAAAAAGUAUUUAUACAGAGCCAAAGCUUUUGCAUGUUUUUUGCUUGAUAGAGCCCACACUCUAAUAUCUCGAGGAGAAAUGCACAGAGGUGAUAGACCUUAUUCACUGUUUGAAGGAGUGGGAGGCAUGUCUUAUCUCUUUUUGGACAUGGUUGAUCCGUCCCUGUCUAAAUUUCCUGCUUAUGAGUUAUGA